CAAUUGUCAAAUAUUAGACGCGAUUAGAAUGCGAUGUGACAAACCUUGUUGACAAAUAGUUUUUAUUUUUCUUUUACUUUUUUGUUUUCGUUAAAAAUGUUAAUUUUCAUUUUGUUUAGUUAUUUGAAGUGAAAAUGCAAAAGUUGUGUUGUGUUUAAAAAAAAGUUUUCGUUACAAAUUUAAGAAUUUCGUGAAACUUUAUAUAUGAUUAAAAAAUGAUGAUGAUGAUGAACCCGGAGAAAAAAUUAAAAAGCCAUGAAAGAAAUUGCAUAAGUAUUGAUCGCUUUGGAGAUCAGGGUGGAUACUUUGAUGUUGUGGUGAAACCAAUGUUACAACAAGGCCACGAGGGUGAAUUAUGCGGGUGGCUGAGGGAAAUGAGUUUACUUCGCACUUUUGUCGCUUGCCCACAAGAAGAAUGCAAUGGACGAAAUUUAAUUUGGAGGCCAGCUAGAGUUAUUGAUAAAUAUAAAUGGAUAUGUGCCGAUUGCAAGGCCGUGCAAUCAAUUAGAGACAAAUCAUUUUUUAUAACAAUUAAAUGUGAAUUGAAAAUAUGCCUUCAAGUUAUUUUAGCCUGGUGUCAACAAGAGUUUAGCGAAGUCACAGCUGCUAAUUUAGGUAUAAAGGAGCAUGUGGUGAAGAAGGUUUACGAAAGAUGUGAUAAAGUUGUUGAAAGUUAUGUUCAAAAGCAUCCGGAGGAAUGGUUCUUGGGUGGUCCUGGUUCAAUAAUAAUUGUGGACGAAUUUCCAGGUGGCUAUAUGACGGAGAAUAUUUUUGACAAUACAAAUAAUCGUAAGCGAAAUAAUAAUUCGCACAGUAUUUUAUGUAUUGCCGAAACAAAUCUUUCAUUUGGCAUUCCUGCUGUUCAACCACGAAUUUGGUUGCAUAUGAUAAAAGCCAAUCCAGUGCCUACGAAAAUGGACGAGAAUGAUACAUUCACGAAAAGUAAAUGCGGAAUGGUCGAAGAAGCUUUAAGUGAAAUUGUUAAACAUGUCGCACGUGGGAGUUUCAUUGUUGCAAAUGGUCGUGCACGUUGCUGUAAUUAUGAAUCUGUUAAGGAAUUAAAUCAAUAUCACGUUAUUAGUGUCGAGUAUCUGCAAAAAUUUGACACCAACGGUUUGAAACUCGCCUCUUCAUUAGAAACAAUUUGGCAGACGGGAAUCGAAAUCUGUGAAGAAGUUCAAGACGCGACACGUUCAAUUGGUAAGAAUAUAAUUGCAAAUUAUCUCUGGAGACAAAGAUUUGGUAUUUCGCCUUUUCAAACGAUUUUAAAUCAUAUAGCAGAAUGCUAUAAAUUCACGUAAAAUUCAUUUCCCUUUUUAUCUAAAGUUUAGUUCACUUUUUACACCCCAAAGAAAAUGUGCAAAAAAAAAUGCACGAAUCAAUUUGCAAUAAUAAGAUUUUAAGUUAACAAAAAAAAAAAGAAACUUAUAGAUAUUGAGACUAAGUGAUAAAAGAAAAAUUCUUUUUUGCUAUAUUUUCGAGAAAUUACAAUCAAAAUUUAUAAAUAU